CCCCACUGGCUUGGAGCUCAUGCUCGCCGUGGUACGUCCGGUCUCAGCGCUGCUCCUUGCGCUUCCUCCGGCGUAGGGCAUCUCUCGGCGCCCUCCCCAGUGCGCCUUCUCCCCACCUCGUCGAUCAAGGCUACCCCCCUCGAUCCUGACGCUGCACCGCGCCCCCUCCUCCUUCCGAUCGGUGUCGCCCUCCACCGAUCACCACCACCGGCCGCGUCUCUGGCCGAUACGCCUCUCCACUACCCUAGUGACGCCGCCCCC